UAAUACCUAGUUACAAUCUUAUCAAUUUUCGUUUUUGCAAAUAAAAUAAUACAAUAACAAUAUUUGCCACGAUUUUAUAUAAAAUUUUGAUGUAUAUUUUAUAUUUUAGUCUUAAGUUAAAAAAUACGACCUUUGAUCUAUAUAAUAAAUUGAUAUGACAUGGCUGUAUGCAUACCAACAUUAACAUUAGCAAUAUUUCAAACUGUCAAGCACAAAACGUCAUAUUCUAACUUUCUGUCAGUUUUAUAUCCAAAAUUUUACGUUACUAAAACAAUGAGUUCCCCUAGUUCAGCGGUUGAGAAAUCGUCCUGCGUUUUUUGCAAUAUAAUUAAUAAGUUAGACAAUACAGAAAUAUUAUACGAAGAUGAGGAUGUAUGUGUUUUUCGAGACAUAAAGCCAGCUAGCGAUUAUCAUAUAUUGACCGUGCCCAAACGUCAUAUAGAAGAUGCGAAGUGUUUGCAACCAGCUGAUAAAGAACUCGUUGAGAGAAUGCUGUCCGUAGCCAAAGAAAUGCUGCAAAAAAACAAUUUGUCACUUGAGGAUGCAAGGUUUGGCUACCACUGGCCCCCAUUUAGAAGUGUCAGACAUUUGCACCUACAUACCAUAGCUCCUCAAUCCAAAAUGGGAUUGAUCGGAAGAAUGAUUUUCAAAGAGAACUCUUAUUGGUUUGUUUCGCCGGAGUAUGUUGUUUCAAGAAUAUGAAAAAGGAAGUAUAAUUUAACAAAUAAAUUAGCAGCAGCUACGGUAGAGAUAAUCAUUAAAAAAAUUGAUUUUUUAUCUGUGGUGUAGUAAUAAUUUAAUUGAGGUUUAUUGGUAGGUUUCUUAACUAAUUUAGAAUGUAUGAUGGUAGUAAUCUUGAUUUCAAAAGAAAAGUACUUGUCAAAGACAAUAUCACAAUGUCAACAAUUUGCUAUAGAAUUUCUAUAUCGCUUUGUGUCUGCAAUUACACUGUCUCUCGUGUAUUUGCUUUUUAGAACUCAGCUGAUAAGUGUCAAAUCAAAUGUAUUUUAUUCAAGUAAGCUUUACAAGAAAGCAUCUAUGAAUCGACAUAUUUUAACUCUACCACUGUUUCGGAAAGCGGCCUCUAGUGUAAAAAUUUUUUACAGAUUGACAAUAUGCUUAGUAUUCACAAAAUGUGCAUAAAUCCAAGCAUUUUCAUUCAAAAAGUUUUUGUAAUGCAUAAUUAAUAUUCAGUGACUAAUUUUGAUUAAAUAAACUUUGUAAAAUGUUGUUAUCUGGUAAAUUGAUGAUUUUUACCGAUGUAUUAUUACAUAAGCAAAGUUUGUUUUUAUUUUUAGUAUGUAUAUCAGUUUUUCUGGAACACUAGUAUAAUCCAUGUAAACAAUAUAUCAAUGCAAAGUAGAGUGGAUGAACUACCCUAACAGAUUCACCAGGAUUAACCCAGUUUACCAGUGACAGGGCUUUGUCUAAGUCAGUCUGCAGGUACCACACAUGAUUAAUUCAACUGCCUGACAUCAUCAUCUGUAUUGCUGUGUUCCAAUUUGAAGUGUAAAUGAGCCAGUGGAAUUACAGGCACGAGGAAUGUAAUAUAUCUUUGUUUUUAUGUUUGGCAGCGCAUUGACGGUGUCAGAGUGUUUAUGGGUCUCACAGUAUCUUAGGGCGAAGAUGAGCUUUUGUAAUGUGUUAUAUAUAAUGUUAUGUAGUUCAAAUUAUUUAUUAAAUUUGUUUUAUUGGUAUA